CCUGCACCGCAGCCGCGGGACUUCGGACGGACGCCGCGGAGACGCCGGCAGUCGCUUCACGAUAGCGCCACGACGAGCACGCCAGCGCCUCUCCGAGAUGAGACCGCACAGCGUUCUGGUAUUGCUGCUGCUCCUGCACGCGAUGACGGCGUCGCUGGCCAUCAUGGUGCCGUCGGGCAAGCUGGAGCCGAUCACGCCCCCGGACCCCGCGCCGCGGCCGCUGCCCGCCUACCCGCUGGUGCCGCCGGCGCCCGUCUACGAGGACCCGGAGCCGCACACCAACCUGGUGCUGCCGCCGCCGCCCGCCAGGGCAUACCAGCCACCCUUCGGCUUCAGGCUCAAGCCGCUGCCCAAGCAGCGCUACCCGUUGUCUUCGACGGGAUUCGCCAAGCACCUCGAUUACAUCAUGGGCUACUAAGGCGCAAGCGGAGAAGGGAACCUCGCUGGCACAGCCUGUGUCGGCACCCCGGUACCUGGCAUCUCCGACGCGUCGACACAGGCGGCACCGUAUCUAGGAGUUCAUCACCAUCGGCAUAAACCCACUUUACACUAAAGCCCCACUUUCCAUAAAAAGUGCGCAGUCUAGCAGAGGGAAAAUGUUUCGCAGUUCCCUUGUAUCUGGCGGAUCUGCGAGCUGUAAAUAGAAUUAGUAGAUACGACUGAAAUCAUCAUCUACUGUGCAGAGGAGCUAGAUUCAACUCAUUGUAUUAAUUUCGGAAUUCAGUCUGUCAGUACGACAGACACCAUUGCCAUAUGUUGACUACCACAUCUUCUUCUCCUGUAUUAAUCCAACACAAACUUUUAUUACCUUGUAUUUCUCCUUAAAAUUUAGAUUUACUUCUGGUUGGGUAUCUAAUAGACCCAGUGCUGUGUUUGUUUGCUAUGUUGGUGCUGGAAAGCGGGCGGGGGGGGGGGGGGGGGGGGGAUGACUUCUGGGCGAAUCUACAAGAUAUUGUAGUACUAUGGAAAAUGAUAUGAAAAAAUUUAAUAACUGAAUUAUGUGGUGCAACUUCGGAGUUGGUGAAGUUGCGAAAAACCUAUCUCGUGGUAUGUUAGUUUCCUGCACUCAAUUUAUUCUUGUCCGCACUGUGUCUUUCUGUUGAUAAACAAGUAUUACUUCCCUCCAAAAAUAAACAGUGUAUUGAGAGACAAUUCUAAGAGCAUUAACAGUAAGAAGGACUGCUGAAAGUCGAUCAGCGUAAAGUACAUUCACUACCUUUCAUGCUUCCUCUUCACAAUAUUCACUGCUGCUGUAUAUCAUAAAUUAUUCAUGGACUGAAAAUUAAGUUGCGCUCUGAUGACGUAAUAACUAUUAUAGGUAAAAAUAAUCUGAUUGUUGUGAACUUUGAUUGUGUAUGUAUCGUAAGUUAUUUGUUUGUAUAAUUAAAGUGUUAAGUUUGAUAUAUUGUAAGAUAGUUCUUAAGCGUGUCUGUUAACAUAUAGUUAAGUCUGGCAUUAUUCGAACUGAUGCCAGAGGUAUAUUAACGAUGCUUACAGGUGAGAACUGAACUAUUGUAGUUAAAAAUUGUAAAUAAAGAACAGACGACAAAAAAUACUAUUGUCUGAACACGAGAAAGAAUGUGUCUAACUUUCUGUCACUUGUAAGAAUGAUGAAAAUGAAUAUCAUAAUCGACAAAGAAAUCAAUAAACUGAUUUUAUCCUCGAGAA